UUUUUCCGACGGUCAGUGAAGGCAGCACGGUGUAGCUCGGCAGACAGUGAAGGGUUAACGUGUAAUAGGAUGAAUGGAUAUUGUGACGAACAGCGUCUGAUUACAGCCUGAGAAGACAGGCUGGGUUGUGGAAGGAGGACUCCUUCGCUAUCGAUCUUAAAAGUGCUUCCAUAAACUUUAGAGGUAAGCACACGCCAUUUAAUUUUAGCCGCGGAAAAUAUUGCGUGUUUUACACAGACACCGAACCUGCUAACGAGGUUAAAUCCAGACAUUUUACGUUGAUGUAUCAUGGCGGAGGGGAGUACGACUUACAAGAUGUUGAAAUGAAGAUUUUUAACAUUGGACCGAGAAUUCGCUUUUAACAUCUAAUUGUUCAAGUGUCAACCCGGGGGCCGGGAGGGAAACAACAACCCCCAGGUGCAUUCUUUACUUCUGGGGUCCUCCAGCACGGAGCGAAACAGGCUUUAUCUGCUCCACUGUCUUCCAAGCCGGGGAGACAUCCUUUGGGACAUCUGUACAUAUCUAUUUUUGUCUCUGUGAAGUUUCAUCUCAAGCCGCCAUCAUUCCGUGCUGCAAGGCGGACCGCAAAAUGUCCUCUGAUGGAGACCUCAGUACCCUUGAAAGCUGCGAUAGUUUCUGGGAGCCAGGAAACUACAAGAGAACGGUGAAGCGGGUAGAUGAUGGCCACCGACUAUGUAAUGAGUUGGUCAGCUGUUUCCAGGAACGUGCUAAGAUCGAGAAAAGCUAUGCUGUGCAGCUGAGUGACUGGGCCAAGAGGUGGAGAAGUGUGGUCGAGAAAGGGCCUCAGUAUGGUACCCUGGAGAAGGCGUGGCAUGCAUUCAUGCAGGCAGCCGAUCGGCUGUGUGAGCUGCAUCAAGAACUGCGUGACCGACUGGUUGGAGAAGACAGUGAGAAGGUGCGAUGUUGGCAGAAAGAAGCCUACCACAAGCAGAUGAUGGGAAGUUUCAGGGAGACUAAGGAGGCUGACGAAGGCUUCCGCAAAGCCCAGAAACCAUGGGUCCGCAAAUUAAAAGAGGUGGACUCAACUAAAAAGAGCUAUCAUCAGGCCAAGAAGGAGGAGUGGACAGCCAUUAAUAGGGAAACCCACGCUAAGGCCGACACAUCCAAGUCACAAGAGGAAGUCGGCAAAUACACGACUCGGGUGGAGCGCUGCAACCAGGAGGCUGAAAAAGCAAAAGAUCAUUAUGAAAAGGCCCUAGAAGAGUUGAACCGCUGUAACCCUCGCUACAUGGAAGACAUGGAACAGGUGUUCGACCUCACCCAGGAAGCUGAGCGCAAGAGGCUGUUCUUCUUUAAAGAGGUUCUGCUGGACAUCCAUACACACCUUGACCUGUCCAGCAAAGAAGGUUUCAGAGAGCUGUACAAGGACCUGGGUCGGACCAUCCGAUCAGCGAAUGAGGCAGAAGAUCUCCGAUGGUGGAGGAACACCCACGGACCAGGAAUGAGCAUGAACUGGCCACAGUAUGAAGAGUGGUCGCCAGAGUCAAGUCGCCCAAUCAGCAGGAAGGAGCGAGAAUCUGAUGACAGUGUAGUCACCCUCACCAACAUUGUCACGUCAGGCACAGUGAACGUCUCACCCAGCCCCAUCAUCCAAAAUGCCACCAGGGUUGUGAAAGACUAUUCAUCAGACUGGUCCGAUGAAGAUAACCCAAAGAAGGUGGCAGCAAACGGUGUUGGAGAAUUGGAGGCCAAAGAGGAGCAGGUAGAGGGUGUGCGAGUCCGAGCGCUCUAUGAUUACACGGGUCAGGAGGGGGAUGAGCUCAGCUUCAAAGCAGGAGAGGAGCUGCUGAAGCUGGGCGAGGAAGACGAGCAGGGCUGGUGUAAAGGACAGCUGAGCAGCGGCCAGGUGGGCCUUUAUCCCGCUAACUACGUCCAGCUCGCAAGCUCCUGAUGGAGAACCCCCCACCCUUCACUAGAGGACCACAUCUGUCAAAUUAGCCCCGACUGGAUUACUGACUUAAAAACUUUCCGCCACUUUUAUGUUCCGCACAAUUCCGGAAAAACGCUUUUAACAGCCACAACAAACGCCCUAAGAGAAUUCUAACAAACAAUGACAUCAUCCAUUUCCAACCGUCGUCCAUCUCACUUGACAUAAUCGUUGCGCUGCUUGGUGUAGUCAAUGCUAGCCAGGUGCCAAGAUAAGCUAUCUCCCGUUUUAUCAGAUUUAUUUAGAAAUAUUCUUUUUAAAAGAGAUUGUGUAAAAAAAAAAAUGUACAAAACCAAAUACUGUAUGUAUUUUAGGAUAAGUUUGUGAAUCCACAAAUGGAUUUCUUUUUUCUCUAUUCUUUACCCGGUGGUUGAAAAUAGAACUGCAUGUAGGUUAUGAUGCUUUGCAGCGCCGCCCUGCUGUCUGACUGGGGGAUUACACACUGAUUCCAGCUGAUGUUUUUUUUUUUCACCUUUAAAAACUAAAUUGCAAUGUAAGCAAGAUUUUUUGUGACAUUUUUCCCCUUUUUUAGCGUCUUGUUGAAUUUGUCGAGUGUGACUUAUUUUCUUUUACACGCGAUCGCUUAGUCAGCUGAUUUUGGGUAUGCGGAUAGUAAUUAUUUUAUAAUUAUGUUUAAUAUAAUGAUGGCUCCAGAUUUUUCUGUAAAUUUAGCAGCGCUCUUUGCAUCGAUAGUGCAAGUUGAAGCACACAAUGAAAUAUCUUUGCAUGUUUUUUAAGUUCAUGAGGGGACUUUUUCUCUGCUUUGGAUCAAAGAUACUAACGUGAACAUUUUGAUUUUACUUUUUCUUCCCUAACAUGUCAUCUCUACAACACAUAAAGUUGUUAAUUCCACUAUCAAGCUUUGAUGGUUUU